AUGGACUUGUCGUUGGUUGAAUCUACGAGUUGUCGUAGGUUAAAUUUUGAUGUAAACGAAGAUUGUCGGGAUAAUGAGUUUGAUGUUAUUGAUGAGGGUACAGACUCUACCAUGUUAUUGAUGAAUUCUGACACAUCUAUCAUAGAAGAAUUGAUGCCAAAAAUCGGUAUGGAAUUUAAGACGGAAGAGGAUGCCUAUCAAUUUUAUUUGAAAUAUGCUAAACAAGUUGGAUUUGGCAUAAGAAGGAGUAAAAGCCACAAUGAUAAAUCGGGUAAAUUAAUUGACAGGAUUUUUUGUUGUUGUGCACAAGGAAAAAGGGGAAAAGACAAACGAGAUGUUUAUGUGAAAUCUCAUCGUCCUGAAACAAGGUUUGGUUGUGAGGCUAAAAUGAAGAUUAGUUGUCGAAAAAAUGGCAAAUUGAGUGUGGAGCAAUUUGUUAAAGAGCAUAAUCAUUAUCUUUCAAGUCCAAACAAAACUCAUCUCUACAGAAGUCAUAGAAAUAUUUCUUCUUCUGCUGCAAUACAAAUUGAGAUGGCAAGUGAUGUGGGAAUCCCCCCAAAAGCAUCUCAUGAUCUUAUGGUGAAACAAGUUGGUGGGAGGGAUAAUUUAGGUUUUAUUCCCCAAGAUUACUACAACUACUUGCGAUCCAAAAGAACAAGAAAUAUUAGAGUUGGUGAUACAGGAGUUGAUGAAGAUGAUUUGAUAACUAAUAUUUUUUGGUGUGAUGCUAAGAUGAGAGCUGAUUAUGGCAAUUUUGGAGAUGUUGUUUGCUUUGACACAACAUACAGGAAGAACAAUGAAGGUCGUCCAAUUGCGUUGUUUGUGGGUGUUAAUCAUCAUAAGCAGUCCAUAAUUUUUGGUGCAGCUUUAUUAUAUGAUGAAACAUCUUUGACAUUCGAGUGGUUGUUUGAUACAUUUACUAAAGCUAUGUGUGAAAAAAAACCAAUAACUAUUCUUACAGAUCAAGAUGCAGCAAUGGCAAAGGCUUUGACUUCCAAAUGGCCUGAAACACAUCAUCGUUUGUGUAUUUGGCACAUUUAUCAGAAUGCGGCAAUACAUUUGAGUGAAAUUUUUUCUGAGUUCAAAGAGUUUACUAAAGAUUUUGCCUCGUGUAUAUAUGAUUUUGAUGAAGAAGAAGAUUUUAUUUUAGCUUGGAACAUGAUGUUGACCAAGUAUGCACUUGAAGACAAUGAUUGGUUGAGACGUAUGUUUUGCAUAAAAGAAAAAUGGGCUUUAGUAUAUGGACGACAUAUGUUUUGUGCAGAUAUGACUACAACCCAAAGAAGUGAGAGCAUGAAUAGUAUUCUGAAAAGAUAUGUCUCUUAUCAACACAAGUUUUUAGACUUUUUCAAUCACUUCCAAAGGUUGCUUAAUGAUCGUCGAUAUGAGGAGUUAAAAGCUGAUUUUAGAUCACAUACAAGUGUUCCAUGUCUAUUGUAUCCAAUUGAAAUUUUAAAGCAUGCAUGUUCUAUUUAUACUCCUGAGGCAUAUAAGUGUUUUGAACAAGAGUGGUACAAAUCUCAUGAUUCUAUUAUACACAUUUAUGAGGAUGUUGGAUCACAUACAAAAUACAAAGUUACUUCUCACAAAAAGAGUUACCAUCAUAUAGUUACACUUGAUUCAUGGGGUCAAAAGAUCGAGUGUAGCUGUAGAAAAUAUGAUUUUGCUGGGAUUUUGUGUUCUCAUAUUUUGAAAGUAUUUACGAUGAAAAAUAUCAUGAAAAUCCCAAGUGAGUAUGUAUUGAAAAGGUGGACACGGAAAGCAAAAGAUGGAUACUCUGGAGUUAUUGAACUUGUUGCAGACAAAGGUAGUUUGGAUCCAAAAACUUGCAACAUUAUGCGAUAUAAAGAAUUGAGUGGAUUAUAUGUUCAACUGGUUACCAAGGCAGCAGAGAGGGAAGAUACUUACAAGGUUGUUAAAGAUGGUUUGUUGAGUAUGUUUCAGAUGGUGGAUGAGAGGUUACAAGUUAAUGAACCAACUUCCCAACACUCUAUUGAAAGAGAGUUUGAAAGUGGCGAAGGAAACUCUCUUGGAGUCAAAGGAAUUAAAACAAAGAAGAAACCGGUUUCAGGUAAGAGAUUGAAAAGUGGCUUAGAUAAGAUUUCAAAGAAAAGAAAAGCGGCGAGGAAAAACAAUCAAACUUCAACAAUUCUUAAGGCUAGAGAAGAUCAUUAUGAAAGUACAAGUUGCAUGGCUAGUGUUGAAGGUUUGAGUAUGGCCGAAACUCAAUUUCAACCACUUUUGUCAACGCAACUAUCUCAGUUUCUACAGCGGGUUUUCAGCAUAGAUACAAUUGUGAAACCUCUUCCUCCUGCUAUGCAAUAUAACGUCUCCAGGAAUUUGAGUUUUUUUACUCGGAUCUUUACAAAAUUUUGGGAUCAACUUCUGUAG